CUUCUCAAACAAACAUUACUAGUACUACUACUACUCUGUUUGUUUCUCUCUCCUAUUCCUAUAUACUACCUUUUUCUUGAGCUCUGCUAAACCCUUUUAAUUGAAGCUUCCAUCUCUUGUAUUGUGUAUGUUCUCAUGGAAACAACUUUAGGCUUACUUGGUACUGGUGGUGGUGGUGGUAGUGAAGACAAAGUAGACUAUGUGGGUAUGUCGUCCUCAUACCCAAAAGAGGCUGAGCUUGAGUUGGGUCUGGGGCUGAGCAUCGGUGGUGGUGGUGGUGGUGGAGGUGGUGGUGGUGGUGUGAAGUCUAAUAAUAAGGGGUCUCAUCCAUGGGGUGAGUAUGGUAGGAUAUUGACAGCCAAAGACUUUCCCACUGCCUUUUCAUCACCAAGACCUAAUGCUAAUGCUAAUGCUUCUGCUAGUGUUGCUGUUUCUGGGACAAAGAGAAAUGCUGACUCUGUUUCCUCUCCAGAGGUUGGAUCUGCUUCUGCUUCUGCUUCUGCUUCUGUCAGCCAGGUUGUGGGAUGGCCACCUAUAGGGGCUUACAGAAUGAACAGCUUGGUUAACCAAGCAAAGACUCCAAAUGCUGAAGAAAAUAGGGGAGAGGGCGGGAACGAAAAAACUAAGGAUGUUUCAAAGAAGAAAAUCAACCAUGGAAACGGCAAAGGCCAUACUACUAUGAAGGAAAAAGGACACCUUGGGUUUGUGAAGGUGAAUAUGGACGGAAUCGCGAUAGGAAGGAAGGUGGAUUUGAAUGCUCAUUCUUGCUAUGAGACAUUAGCCCAAACUCUAGAGGAAAUGUUCUUCAAACCCACCACAACAAUUGGUUCUCUUCGGUCUGGUGGAGAGAAGGAACAAGCAACAGAACCCUCUAAGCUUCUCGAUGGAUCGUCUGAGUUUGUGCUCACUUAUGAAGAUAAAGAAGGAGACUGGAUGCUCGUAGGAGAUGUUCCGUGGGGGAUGUUUCUCGGCACUGUGAAAAGGCUUAGGAUCAUGAGGACCUCUGAGGCUAAUGGACUUGCUCCAAGAUUCCAAGAAAGAAAUGAGAGACAAAAAAGAAAGCCCAUUCAGCAUCAUUAAUGCCGCUUUCUAUUAAUCUCAAUUAAGAAGAAGAAAAUCCACAGUUUGAAAAGGAAAAAUUGAAUAGAAGUAAAGAAGAUGGAGAGUCGAAGCAUUUUUUGCCAAGAAUGAUUUCCCAAUGCCGCCUUCUUUUUUUCUCUUCGGUUCUCACACUUUUUUUAUUCCUUCCUGUAGUCGUAUCCCAUGUAGUUUUUAGUCUCUCUUCCUUUAGUGCCACACACACUGCAUACUUUGCUGAAUGCUACUUUCUCAUACUGUAAAUAUGGGAAUGCUCUAAAUCUAGUGUUCUAAGUUUGUCGUAGUCGAGUGCUUCUCUUGUUUUGUGUUUUUUUUAGUUUUUUUUCCUCCUCUUUUGUGUUGUUGAUGAAACAGAAGUUUCUGUUAUUCUUUAUUCUGUUGGU